AUGGAUAAAAAUCGUUUUUUCCCUUCAUUUUUCCCUUUAUACGAUUACCAAGCCCUUCCAGUCUCAGAUGAAGAUUUCAAACGUUUUCACACCAUUGAUAGAAAACUGUAUGGGAAGUUGAUCAACAUUCUAGGGCGUGACCCUACUGAAUCUAUGAAAGUUAUGGCAUUCUUCCAUUGGAUGGAAGGAGUUGCAAAGGACAAGUCCUUUAUGGCGAAGCUUUAUGAUUUUACAUCCCCAUUGCUUAACAAGGUUGUGGAUGAGGCCUUAAUAUGCGUAAAAUGCACGGAGGAUGACAACUUCACUGGAUAUGGUUCUCCUGAGAUAUUCAUGAUUUCGAACAUUUUGAAGCGCGAUUUCACCCUCAGAUUCUUUCAUGAGAAUCGAGCAAGUGCCUUUAGUGGCAUCACCAAUUCCCUUAAGACGGUUUGUUUUCGGGCUUUCAAUGACAUACAUGUAGUGAAACAACCAAACUAUUUUACUAGGGCGAGUUUGGUCCCAACAACAAAUGAUGAUAUAAGGACGGUGCCAACUAUCAACAACCCUAGUCCUUAUGCCCCAAUUGGGGGUGGGGGUGGCGGCAUUUUUCUAGAGUCUAUGAUACCUACUGAGAACAAGAUCGAAGAACUAGGAACCCUUAAUAGUAGUAGAAUGAUGUCUCUUAUGAACCCUAGUCAUUUCCUUGGCAGUGCAACCAACAUAGAAGAUUAUGCAAGGGCGGCUAGUAGAAUGGUGCCAAUGAACCCUAGCCUUGUACCAGGUACGGGUGCGGGUGCGUUGAACAUAGAAGAAUUUGCAAGGGAGGCUACUAGAAUGAUUCCAAUGAACCCUAGCCGUGUGCCAGGUGUAGGUGCGUCAAACAUAGAAGAUUUAGCAAGGGCGGCUACUAGAAUGGUUCCAAUGAACCCUAGCAUCGUACAGGGUACGGAUGGUGAGAUGUUUUUACAUUUGCCGUAUGUUGUUCCAAAUCAAAUGGUACAAUAUAUUCCACCUUAUCAUGGAGGAUCCACCAUGAAUUUGUUGCCACCUCCUUUACCUUAUAAUGGACUUCAUUUUUCUCAUGAUUCUUCAAGUGGAAGUGGAGUUUUUCUUCCUCAAAUGCUGCCUGGUCCCUAUAAUUAUCAUCAUGACAUUGUCGGUGCCCAGGCAACUCAGACUAUGAACACGGGUCUUGCUGAAAUGUUUAAGAACAACUUGAACAUUUUUGAUGUUGUCAAGGAAGAGAAUGAAGUCGCUCCUGAUGAUAGGACUGUGUUCUUGACUUUCUCCAAGGGCUAUCCAAUUUCUGAAAGUGAAGUCAAGGAUUUCUUCACUAGGAAAUUUGGGGAAGAUGUUGAAGCUGUUUACAUGCAAGAGGUUCCGGAGGAAGAGCAAGCAUUGUAUGCGCGGCUUGUGACUCGCUCUCCCGCUCUCCUUGAGGCUAUUGUAGAUGGUGGAAAAGCUAAGUACAACAUCAAUGGGAAGCAUGUCUGGGCAAGAAAAUAUAUCAAGAAGCAAAAUCCUAAAAUAAUGUUUCUGGGACAAACCAGUUCUCCUGUUACAUCCACUUCACACUAA